AUGAGAGACAAUGGAAGUCAACUCAUAUCGAGGGCAUUUGCCUCAUUAAGACCAUCAGGAAUAUAUCAACGGCGCUGGGAGUCCAGCAAAGUCGUCACACCGGCAUCGAUAUCUUCCGCCGACGAGAUCGACCGAGCAAGGACAUACUGCCUGGACUCGCUUCGCAAAUACGACACACCAUCAUCUCUGCUGUUGCCCUAUAUACCGAGCCACGCUCGAGACGCCUAUGUUGCCCUGCGAGCAUUUAACAUCGAUGUGGCUCGCACAGCAGACACGACCUCAACACCGACAAUAGGAGCCAUGCGUCUUCAAUUUCAACGCGAUGCCGUCACGAAGUCUCUGGCCGGCUCACCACCGAAGCAACCGAUCGCUCUUCUCAUCGCUCAGGCAUCAGACCAAUUGGCAGCGCAAAGUGGCGGCAAAUCGAAAUUUAGCAAAUCAUGGUUCAUGCGAAUCAUCGACACGAGAGAGAAGUAUCUGUCCAAUCCACCCUACCCGGACAUUGCCAGUCUGGAAAGCUACGCCGAGAACACAUACAGCACACUCCUGUAUCUCACCCUGCAAUCUCUGCCCAUGGCCAGCUUGACCGCGGACCACAUCGCUUCACACAUUGGGAAGGCGAUUGGCAUAUCUGCCGUGCUCCGCGGCUUGCCGUUGAUAGCCUUCCCGGGGCCAGCAAACACCCACAGCAACCAAGGUCAGUUCUCUGGCGAUGUGGGUGCAAGCCGACAGGGCGCCGUGAUGCUUCCUCUGGACAUCAUGGCAAAGUGUGCUGUGCGAGAAGAAGACGUGCUUCGCAAUGGCGCCUCCGCGCAUGGUCUGCGUGACGCGGUCUUCGAGGUCGCCACACGCGCAAACGACCAUUUGAUCACAGCUCGGCAAAUGUUGGACAACAUCCGCGCCGGCAAGGAAGCUGGACACGAGUACGAGCACCAAGACGAAGAGGAACAUGUCCAUCUCCCCACGGUUGGAAAGGCCGAAACGCAGACCCAGGAGAUUGAAAGGGCGUUCGGGGUGUACAUGCCUGCGGUCGCCACCCAAGUAUGGCUGGACAAGCUGCAGAAGAAUGACUUUGACGUGUUCAAUUCGAAAUUGCGGGUGACGGAUUGGAAGCUACCAUGGAGAGCAUUCUGGGCGUAUCGUAAGCGGAAGAUAUGA